AACUGUGUAAGUUGUAGUUUUAGUGAUAAGGGUACUUAUGAAAUAUUUAUGAGCGUGUAAGAGUUCCCGUGGGUUUAAGAUCGCCCCGUCGUUGCGGGUUUUUGUGUUAGUUUUUGCUUUCAAUAUAUCCGAUCCAAUAUGAAUCGCACACAUUUAAAAACUAUGAUCAGGAUGCUCUCCUCUGUACCAGUUGUUCCUCGUGUCAGUAUUAUUGGAGCUGGAGCAGCCGGCUUUUAUGCAGCCAUGCACUUGUCUAAAAACGUUGCUAAUAUUCAGAUUGACUUAUUAGAAAAGCUACCUGUACCUUUUGGAUUAAUAAGAUAUGGCGUAGCUCCAGAUCAUCCAGAAGUGAAAAAUGUGAUCAAUCAGUUCACUAAAGUGGCCCAACACCCGAAUGUUAACUUCUAUGGAAACGUAACACUUGGGAAAGAUGUGUCUUUAAAUCAACUAAGACAACAUUAUGAUGCUGUAUUACUGUGUUAUGGAGCAGAUGAAGAUAAAGCACUAGGUAUUGAAAAUGAAGACGCCCAAAAUAUUAUUGCUGCUAGAAAUUUUGUUGGAUGGUAUAACGGUUUUCCUAAUGACAAAGACUUGAAGGUAGAUCUAUCUGGUCAUACAAUGGCUAUUUUAGGGCAAGGUAAUGUAGCUUUAGAUGUAGCAAGGAUAUUAUUAUCACCUAUAGAUGAACUGAAGAAAACGGACAUAACAGAACAUGCUCUUGAAAUUAUAUCUGAGUCUAAAGUAAAAGAAAUUUAUCUCAUUGGAAGAAGAGGUCCAUUGCAAGUAGCUUUCACUAUUAAGGAACUAAGAGAACUACUUAAACUUAAGAAUUGUAAAACUCUCUGGAGAGAACAAGAUUUCAAAGGAGUUUCAGAAAUAGUUGGAAAUUUGGGCAGGCCAAGAAAAAGGCUUACAGAAUUGAUGUUAAAAUCUUUACAGGAACAAAAUCAAGAAGGUUUCAUAGCUGAUCAAGGACUUAAAUAUUUCAAGCCAAUAUUCUUCAGAAGUCCUAUUAAGUUCCUGAUCAGUGAUAAAAAGUUGUCAGGAAUUAAAUUGAGCUGUAACAAGCUUGUUGGAGAUACAUUUGAUGACCAGAGAUGUGUACCUAAUGGUGAAGUGGAGGAGUUAGAUUGUAGCUUAGCCUUGAGAAGUAUAGGAUAUAAGAGUAUUCCAGUAGAUAAAGAACUUAUAUUCACUUCAUAUGGCACAAUAGCAAAUAACAAGGGGAUUAUUAUUGAUAAUAGUUGUCAUUCAACUGACUUGGGUAAAUUAUAUGUAGCUGGUUGGCUUGGAACAGGCCCUAUUGGUGUUAUAUUACACACAAUGGGUAAUGCGUUUCAAGUAGCAAAGGUUAUGUGUGAAGAUCUAAAAAUCCUAAAUAAUUCAAAACCUAAAGGUGGUUUUGAGGAAAUACGAAAAAUAGUUACUGAAAAACAUAACCUGAUAGUAGACUGGCAUGGUUGGGAAAAAAUUAACCGAUAUGAAAUUGAACAGGGCAAAAUGAAAGGAAAACCAAGAGAAAAGAUAUGUACUAUUCAAGAAAUGUUAGAAGUUGCUUUUAGGUAAUAUGAAUCAGUAAUAAAUUAUUUUGAGAAGAUGACAUUGAAAUAUUAGAAAUCUAUAAUACAAUGUAAUCAUAAUACCACAAGACUUAUUUUUUAAAGAUACUUCUAUUGAAGUCAUAUCACUACACUAAGU